AUGACCUCAAUUGGGACAGGUUACGACCUUUCAAAUAGUGUGUUUUCUCCGGAUGGAAGAAACUUUCAAAUGGAAUACGCAGUUAAAGCUGUGGAAAACGGUGCAACUUCCAUUGGAAUAAAAUGUCAAGACGGUGUAGUGUUUGCGGUUGAGAAAUUGGUUACGUCCAAACUACUGGUCCCCAACAGAAACAGAAAAAUUCAAACAAUUGAUCGUCACAUCGGGUGCGUUUACUCUGGCUUGAUGCCUGAUGGAAGACACCUAGUAAACAGAGGACGUGAGGAAGCUUCUAGUUUCAAAAAAAUGUACGCACAACCCAUUCCAAUCCCUGCAUUUGCUGAUAGACUUGGUCAAUACGUUCAAGCACAUACAUUAUACAAUAGCGUGAGGCCAUUCGGUAUCACAGCUAUUUUUGGUGGUGUGGACGAGAACGGUGCUCAUCUUUAUAUGCUGGAACCAAGUGGAACUUAUUGGGGUUACAAAGGAGCAGCUUCUGGUAAAGGCAGGCAGUCCGCAAAGGCAGAGCUUGAGAAACUUGUGACUAAUAAACUAGAUAUGACAGCCAAGGAAGCAGUAAAAGAAGCUGCCAGAAUAAUUCAUCUAGCACAUGAAGACAAUAAGGAAAAAGACUUCGAAUUAGAGAUGAGCUGGUGCUCGUUAUCGGAAACCAAUGGUCUCCACAAAGCUAUCCCCAUUGACUUGUUCAAUGAGGCCGUUGCAUAUGCGAAGAGGGAAAAUGGUGACGAUAGUGAUAGCGAUGAACCAAGUGAUGACAACGAAGAAAGUGACAAUGAUGAAAAAAAGGAUGCCGAAGGGGACGUACAACUAGAGUAA